AUGAAGUCUCGAAAGCCAGAUAGCCCAACUAGCUCUGAAAGCGGCCUUCACGAUGAUGCUGAUGACGGCGGGUCCACAGAGUUCGAAGAGUCAGGGGCAUGGCUGUUUGUGACAAUGACAAAGUGCCCCUAUCCGUUCCUUGUCACUCUACCCUUCUUAUUCAUGCUCCUGAUCUGCCUGGGAUUCUCGCGUCCUUCCAUUAUCGAAGAAGAUGUCUCCAAUCUGUGGAUCCCCAUGGAUGGUACCUACAAACAAGACAAGGACUAUGCUGAAAGUGUGGGGGCUGCGGGUAGCGACGAGUUGUCAACCUUUAUGGCUAUGUCGCUCAGCCGCGACGGCGACAAUCUGUUUAACGAAGAUAAUCUUAAUGCUGUUGUAGAAAGAAUGAAACGCAUAGAGACAACACCAGUAUUCCAUAAGGGAAUAAAGUUCACAUGGGAUGACAUUUGCUUUGCAAAUGGUUUAUCACCAGAAACAACCUACAAACUGCCUUGUCUCCGGCUAAGUCCAAUGGAUUUGUUCGAGGAGGCACGGUGGUAUUUCACAGAAGAACAAAGAGUGGCCUGGUACCAAGAAAUCAAGGGUAGGGUUGUCAAGCCAAUGCUAAUCCGCUAUGGUAUUGUGGCAGACAAGUGCCUCAGCAGCAAUGCUGCAGACAACGGCAAUCCUGAUGGAUCCUGUGAUCACGCAUACCGGUUGCGGACAGAUCCGGAGUAUGCUGUCUCGCAGGGGUAUUCUGAGAAUCACGCUGAAUCUGCUGCGUAUUUCCUGGAAGACCUCAUGUCUAUGCCACUGAAUGAUCCUUGUCGAAUAUGUGUGGAUGCUCACACCGAGGGACACAUUCAAGAAAUCAAAAACGAGUAUGUGAUUCCUGCUUUUACGACCCUGACGCAACAACUACGAAGGUUUCUCUUUGCCUUGGAGGAAAGAGAGGAUGUUCGAAUGGAUACACUCAGAUAUGUAGAAUCCCUCAUUAAGGGCACCGCAGCAAUUGCAACACAAGUUACAACGGACGACGUGGAAGACUUUUACAUGUACUACACACUUCGAGGUCUAUACGCGGAUGGAGCAGCAGAUUACAAAAGGCUGUACGAAGAGAUCAAUGAUCCUUUGUAUAGAUCCAUUCUUUGUGGCAACGAGAAUCUUGUAUGCCCUCCAGAAGAAGUAUCACUGGAAGAUGCAAGAGAGACUCUUCUCCGCCAUGCCGACAAUUGGUUUUCCUCCAUUGUUUCGUUUGGAGCGCCAUUUCCUUUCUGGGGAAAUGCCGAUGGAACCGGACCCUUGUUCGCCGGAACUUACCCGGUCAGUGGCUCAGGGGUCAAUAUGAGUGCCCCGUUUGAUAGUUUGAAGACGUAUCUGGACUUGGAGAAUCGACAAAAUGGCCGAGACUGGCGUCCUUUCUUUUACGAUGCACGCACCCAGGAAGGCUUUGUCGACCCCCUGGGAGAAGACUAUCUCUGGGAAACGAUGGUUGAAACAAACCCAGUGUAUGCUUGGUUUAUGUCUGGACAAGACGCAAUGAUUGCUCACUGUGGUAACGGGUUUUUGCCAGGGACCAAUGCCUCGGAUGCCAUCAUUGACUCCGCAUCGAGACUCCUGGUGAAAGAUUACUCCCAGCUUCUUUGUACCAAGUACCACACACCAUUUGAAGAAGACGGAACGGAAACUCGACAACAUUUCGCCCGAAUGUGGUUUUCAAUGUUGAUUGAAUCACCCUAUUUCCUAAACAUCAGGCAAGGAGAGAGUGAUCCCUACAGCUGGACAAGUGGAUUGGGAUGUGGAUAUGAACUUGGAGGUUCCAGAUUCUCCUAUACUGGCCAAUCAGAAGAUACCAUCCUGCAAAAUGCAUCUAGCUACCUCUACAACAUUGAUGAGUCCGCGGAAAUCGGCGUAGUAGAUAGGACUCCCCUCAUUGGAGAUGCAUACCCCCCUAUCGGAGACUACUCAUUUGACAACCCACUACAGCAUGUAGGACUGCUUCAAACAGUGUAUGUGACUCUUGUUGGAAAGGGAAUCACGGAACGAGUGAGCCACGAGAAUCGCCCCGGUGGCCCCCUCAACAUUACCGAAGAGGAUGCUGCUGAAGUGCUGGCUCUUUUCAAACAAUCCUUUGAAAGCCAAUGGACUGAUGGAUGGGAUGAUGACAACAGUGGCAACGUCCAAUUCGUUGGUUUCUUCGAUGAUGCAGGGGUCCCUGGCACCCUUGCUACUUUCCUCAAUAGUGUGACAAUGAGCAGUGGGUUGCUUACAGCAGUCUCCAUCCUCAUCAUCGCUUCAUUCUCAGUGAUCUUCCUUGCAAGUAGAGACCCUGUCAAGUCGAGAAUUGGCAUCACCCUCGUCGGCAUCAUUCUUGUCAUGCUCGCCUUCUUUGCAUCCGUCGGCCUGGGCAUACUUAUCGGCAUCAAGGUGAACUUGACAAUCGCCUGGACUCUCCCUUUUGUCAUUCUGGGUCUUGGAGUGGACAAUCUGUACAUCAUUCUUUUGUCUUUGCAAAAGCAAGGCGACUACUCGACUGAGAGCUUCUGCAAUGGAAUGAAGGAGGUCUUUGUACCAAUAACCAUGACCUCCUUGGUCAAUGCAAGCAUGUUCCUCGUCAUGAAUAUCAAUUCGAUUCCAGCUGUAUACCUCACAGCGCAAGUGGCGGUGUUCUCGAUAGUCUUCCUUUACCUGGCAGUCAUAUUCUGUUUUCCGGCAUAUGCGUACCUGGACAUGAAACGUCAAAACGGAAAUCGAAGGGAUCUUCUCUGUUGGCGGGUGAUAGAGAGGACUGAAGAAUCCGAGGAAUCAAGAGGACAGCAUUAUCUCGACACGCUCCUAUAUGACCGAUUCUACAAGCCUUUGCUGUUUGGGGAACCCUUUAUCCGCAUUAUCACGCACUCGAUAAUUUGGGGGGUAGCUGCCCUUCUUCUUGCGCUCGGAUUAUUUGGCAUCAGCCGCGCAACGGUUGGACUUGGUCUCGAGGAUUUUCUGCCUUCAGACCAUCAAGGGCACCUGUGGGCUUCAGCCCGCACAGAUAUUCUUGGAUCUUGGGUGAUCAAUAUGAACUGGCCCGAUAUUGACUAUACAGACCCUGACGUUCAGAUGCGGAUGGUGCAACAAUUUGAAAGGGUGAUCAGCACUCCUCACAUAGUUGAAAUUGACACCAGAAUGCUGUGGAUUGCAGAAUUUGGUUUCUGGUCUUCCCGUCUCUGUGACUACAAUCUAGCCGCGGAAGACAGGAAAUGCGGCCGAGACCAAGUUUUUCAGCAGGGCUCAACCUGCGCAGGGACAUGGAAACGCAACACACACGGCUUGCGGACAAAGUACGAGUCCGCGAGUGACGAGCAGUGCCAGCCCUAUGAUGGUGGGAUCUGCCGUCGAGCUUCUGAGCUCCACCCUGAUGAUCUGUUGUCGCUGGGCAUUACUGUGGCGGACAACAGCACGUGGUGCCCCGUUUUCGAAGGAUGGUCUCAGGCCAAAACCGAGUUUUGUCUUCGUAGCUGGUACGAGAUUUCGUCGGGAGGAGCAGGCAACUUGGUGGUGGACCAAGAAAUUGAAUGCGAGGGAGAGUCCUGUCACGAUUUCAUGGUUAAGUUCCCUAUUCCAUUCUCUGCUGGACCCCCUAUGACAGCGAGAGACGUGGUCUCGCAUGAAUUGACGCUGGAAAUGAUGAUGCAAACUCGAGCUGUCUGCGACCAAGACCCCGACCUGCACUGUUGGAUGUCUGGUGCGCCUUUUGACUUCUGGAGCCAAUAUGAAGGGAUCCAGAUGAACCUGGUGGAGAUAGCUGGGGCUUCCGUGUUCAUUGGUUUUGGUAUUUCACUGUUCUUUUUCGUCUUGAAGCAGUGCCAUGAUGGGAGAAACAGUGCAGUCAAGGUCCUGUCGGCUGGUCUUGUUGGCGCCUUGGUUAUUGGAGGCAACUGCUUCUUUUGUCUUGUGGCUGUGGUUGGGAUUAGCAUCCUGUCUGGGGUGAGCCUCACAGCAUUUUCAAUCAUGAGCUUUGUUCUGAGCGUGGGAUUCGCAGUUGAAUACAGCGUUCACAUCAUUGACAGAUGGUUUCGAAGCGACCGGGAUUCAGCGCUGGAAAGAGUGGAGCAAACCAUGUCCUUUCUUAUGCUGCCAACAUUCCUAUCAUUCGGAAGCAGUACUCUGGGGGUACUUUGCUUGGCAAUGACUUCAUUCGAGUUCAACACUCGUUUCUUCUUCCGACCAUUGAUCAUUGUCAUGUUUGUGACCUAUUUUUUUGGCUGCUGGGUCCUCCCAUCCUUUCUGACCAUCCUCGACUUUGGAUUUCUCAAGCUGGCUCCUCCUGAUUCCAAGAUUCCAAAGAGUGGUUCACCUCUCUCGAAAAUUCAAAAUGUUGAAUCCAGCGAGGCCGGGGCCUCCAUCGUCGACAAACUGGAGAAGGGCGCCUCUGAUGACUUUCAAACACAUGCUACGCCGCAACCAACUGGAGUUGCUGCUGAUUGCAUUAGGGACAGCGACACUGAGGCGGCUAGCAGCUUGGAAUUCCUUCCUUGCUAUGACUUGGCUGAUUGUGCUGGCAAAAGCAAGGAUAACAGCAAGUCGGAGGACUACUUACCCGACUUGGGAGAAGAAAAUUCGCUUCUCUCCGAACUACCACCACCGUUACAAGCAAUGAGUGCUCGUCAUUCUCGCGACCCAAUCAGCAUGGACACGACAACGAGCUACACCACUAGCUAUUCCUCCUAUUCGUCAGACCCCCCUGCUACACCAAGCUUGCCAACCUUUGAAAUGCCAUCACCAGCUCCCUCACCGAUUGCUCGGCAUAGUCUGGACACCGUUGAAAGGACUGCCAGCCCGUCAUCAUAUGCGUCGACUAUGCGGUCUUCAUCUGUGACACCGUCGGUAGACUCCUCGCUCAUGACGAUUGAGGUGGACAACACUCUGAAGAAUUUGCUACAUAAAAGAAAUGAUGAACUGCCACCAAAGCACCGGCGCGGACCAUCCCCUGACAAAUUAGAGGCCAGGAGGAGCCCAAGGGAAGAAACGGGGGGGAGAAGCUUGGUCGAUUCCAUACUCCAAGCCUCGUCACUGGAAGUUACGACAAGCAAUGAGGAAUUGCCGCCUCCAUCUCUAGCGAACAAUCUUACUCCAUCCGAAAGCUCGGGGGCAUUUGAUGGAAUCGAGUCUCCUUCCACAUCGCACGACGACAAAGACAAACAGCCUCGACCGCAAUCAUCAUUGCUCGACACGGUCAACACUAGACAACGAAACAACGUUUCUGUGAGCCCGAACAGCAGUGGGGAGCGAGUGGCAUCUGCCUUGAGCCCCGUCAACGUUCGUGUGAGUAAGCUCGGCGCUGGGAUGCGAAAAAGCCCAACUGUGACAAUUGACACGGAUCCUCGUCAAGAAUUCAACGUGGUUGGACCAGCAAGUACGGGCGAUGCUAUUUUCCGGGACCGAGAAGAUGCCGGCGGUGGCAUGAUACAGAAGUCGCUCUCAUCCAGUCCGAGGAAGAAGAGAUUUACCCUUGCCAAUCCAUUCAGCUUCAACAAACCUUCCUCGCCACCAGAGGCUCCUUUUGGCACGAACGAAACCCUAGUUUCAAGCAACGAUGCGUUGUUGAACACCGGCGAACGAUAUGACUCGAGCUACGGUGGUUAUGAUAUGGAAAAUGUUCUCGAGUCUCCAUGGCUUGGCACAGUGAUUCAGCCUACCGACACGCCUCCCGCUCCUCGAUCUAACCGCUCCAUUUUGACAGGAGGCAGCGGGGAAGUGCUUGCAGUACAUCCGGUGUUUGAGGACGAAGAGAGAGACAGAGACACUGUCAAUUUUUGA